CACUUUCUAUUCUAAUCCCCACUAUAAUCAUCAUCAGCAUCAGCACCACCACCACCACCACUAUUACGUAUUAACCCCUCCUCCACCUGUUUCCUCCUCCCUGUAUUGACUUCUCCACACGCUUUUCCCCUGAAAUUUCCUCUCCUAGCUAGCUCCUAAAACGAUUAUAAACACUUUAUCAAACCCGCCCCCUGACCCGAUCUCUUCCACUCUUCGUAUUACUUCCUUCCUCUCCUCUCCCCCUCUAAUUCUAUUCCGAGGCGAGAAUAGUAGCAGUAGUAGUAGAAGUCGUUGUAAUAAUAAUAAUAAUAAUAAUAGGAUGGAGGGGUAUAGCAGCAGCAGCGGCGGCGGCGGCGGCAUGAACAAGGAGCAAUCUUCGUUCUGGCAAUUCAGCGAUCAGCUUCGGCUGGAGACCACCAACCUCUCCAAUCUCUCCAUCGGCGACAGCAUCUGGAGCGAUUCCUUCGUUAAGAGGCCCGAGGAUCGCCGCAACUACGAGACCCCCAUCUCCGCCGCAUCCGCCGCCGCCGCCGCCUCCGCCGCAGCGCCGGAUGUCGCCGGGUGGAAGACCGGCUUCGGCAUGCAGCAGAAGCUCGCCUUCGGAAACACCAACUCCGGCCUCCUCGACAGGUACAACACUAACAACAACAACAACAACAACAACAACAACAACAACAACAAUUCCGCCGCGAGCAGCAAGAAUAGCUACAAAAAUGGUCCCAGCGGUGGCGGGAUAAAGGAUGGGAAUUUCUAUUCCGGCUACAGCAGGGGCGUCAAUACCAACUAUAACAGCGGGGAGAUCAAGAACUACUUCAGCAAGGCCUUCGACAAGCCGGCGAACGGCAAGAAGAACAGCAAUUCCAACAACGACGGGAAGAAGAAGAACAGCAAUAGGAAUAGCAAUAACAGCAGCAGCAGCAGCGGCAACGCCGGUAACGCCGCCACGGACAAGUGGUUCAAGACGCUGCCGCCGGCCGAGGCACUGCCCAGGAACGAGGCCGUCGGGGGUUAUAUCUUCGUCUGUAACAACGAAACCAUGGAGGAGAACCUCAAAAGGCAGCUCUUUGGUCUACCAUCAAGAUAUAGGGACUCGGUCCGGGCGAUUACGCCAGGGUUGCCCCUUUUCCUUUACAAUUACUCCACCCACCAGCUCCACGGAAUCUAUGAGGCUGCAAGCUUUGGUGGAACCAACAUCGAUCCGAUGGCAUGGGAAGACAAGAAAUGCCCUGGGGAGUCCCGUUUCCCAGCUCAGGUGAAAGUUGUGACUAGGAAGAUUUGUGAGCCUCUAGAAGAAGACGCUUUCCGCCCAAUUCUACACCACUAUGAUGGCCCAAAGUUUCGGCUGGAGCUCAGUGUUCCUGAGGCACUAGAACUACUUGAUAUAUUUGUGGAAAAGAAUGCUUAAAGCUGGGCAUAAAUGGAGUUGCCCUCUCCUUGCUUGCGAACGGAGAAAGGCAUGACAUGCCUGUUAACAUCCUCCAAGCUAGAAUAUUCUACCCAUAUUUAUAUACAUGGGCAUACUAUAAUAUUGUACCCAUAUUAGCAUACGUGGGCAUGAGGCAGAACCCUGAUAUUCGUUGCUAUUCGGUGUCUUGUACAAAGCACUGAGAAGUUUGUUUACUGUAUUUAUGCUUAUAUAGGCGAUCCCUGUAUGGCCACACUUGUUUUUAGCUGAUAUGGUUUCAGUAUUGAGCUCGGUAAUAAACCAAGCUUGGAGAGUUUAAGACAUA